CCCCUCAGUCCACCAUGUCUCUCCCCCGUCGACCGACGCGGACACAAUUACGACGACUGCUGUCGUCGCUGUCCCUUGUCUUCCUCGCUUUCCUCGCUCUCAUUCUUUUAUGCCCGAUUUCCGUGAACGCCGAUGAGGACAAGGCCAAGUAUGGCCCGGUGAUUGGUAUCGAUCUUGGAACGACAUACUCUUGCGUUGGUGUACAGCGCGGCGGACGUGUUGAAAUCAUUGCGAACGACCAAGGUCACCGUAUCACCCCCUCAUGGGUAAGCUUCUCGGACGAGGAACGACUUGUUGGUGACAGCGCGAAGAAUGCGUUCCACUCCAACCCGGAGAACACUAUCUUCGACGCCAAGCGUCUUAUUGGUCGCAAGUUCGAUGACCCUGAAAUCCUUCGCGACAUGAAGCACUGGCCGUUCAAGGUCGUCAACAAGAGCGGGAAGCCUAGCGUCCAGGUCAAAUAUCGCGGUGAGACCCGUGAAUUUACUCCCGAGGAGAUCUCCGCCAUGGUUCUCGGCAAGAUGAAGGAGACUGCCGAGGCCUACCUUGGCCGUCCCGUCUCGCACGCCGUCGUCACUGUCCCCGCGUACUUCAACGACGCGCAGCGUCAGGCUACCAAGGAUGCAGGUGUCAUCGCCGGUCUCCAGGUCCUCCGUAUCAUCAACGAGCCCACCGCAGCUGCCAUCGCCUACGGUCUUGACAAGAAGGGUGGCGAGUCACAGAUCAUCGUCUAUGAUCUCGGUGGAGGUACUUUCGAUGUCUCUCUCCUUUCCAUCGACGACGGUGUAUUCGAGGUUUUGGCUACUGCCGGUGACACUCACCUUGGCGGUGAGGACUUCGACAACCGUGUCAUCGACUAUCUCGUCAAACAGUACAAGAAGAAGACUGGCACCGACGUCACCCCCAAUCUCCGCGCUAUGGGCAAGCUCAAGCGCGAGGUCGAGAAGGCUAAGCGUACGCUGUCUUCCCAGCAGUCGACUCGCAUCGAGAUCGAGUCGUUUGAGAACGGCAACGACUUCUCCGAGACGCUCACCCGCGCCAAGUUCGAAGAGCUCAACAUGGACCUCUUCCGCAAGACCAUGAAGCCCGUUGAGCAAGUCCUCAAGGACGCGAACCUCAAGAAGGAGGACAUUGACGAGAUUGUUCUCGUCGGUGGCUCGACUCGUAUCCCCAAGGUCCAGCAACUCCUCAAGGAGUACUUUGGCAAGGAGCCCUCGAAGGGUAUCAACCCCGACGAGGCUGUCGCGUACGGUGCUGCCGUCCAGGGUGGUAUCCUUGCCGGCGACGAGUCCCUCGGUGACGUCGUCCUCGUCGACGUCAACGCCCUCACUCUUGGUAUCGAGACCACCGGUGGUGUCAUGACCAAGAUCAUCCCUCGUAACACCGUCAUCCCCACUCGCAAGAGUCAGAUCUUCUCGACGGCUGCCGACAACCAGCAGACCGUGUUGAUCCAAGUCUACGAGGGCGAGCGUUCGUUGACGAAGGACAACAACCUCCUCGGCAAGUUCGAGCUCUCCGGUAUUCCUCCCGCACCCCGGGGUGUCCCUCAGAUUGAGGUCACCUUCGAAGUCGACGCCAACGGUAUCAUGAAGAUCUCGGCGGUGGACAAGGGAACCGGUAAGUCGGAGUCGAUCACGAUCACGAACGAAAAGGGCCGUCUGUCACCUGAAGAGAUCGAGCGUAUGGUGAAGGAGGCAGAGGAGUUCGCGGCGGAAGACGAGGCUCAGCGGAAGCGUAUCGAGGCGCUUAACCACCUCUCGUCCUUCGUGUACGGCCUCAAGACGCAGCUCGCCGACCAGGACGGUCUCGGCGGCAAACUUGAGGACGAGGACAAGAAGGCGAUCCUCGACGCGGUCAAGGAGACGACAGACUGGAUCGACGAGAACGGCCAGUCGGCGACCGCAGAGGAGCUUGAGGAGAAGCUCGGGGAGGUGCAGGCCGUCGUGAACCCGAUCACGAGCAAGCUCUACAGUGGUGGCGCCCCGGCGGGCGAUGAUGACGACGAGUACAGCAGGUCGCACGACGAGCUGUGAUGGAUGGGUUCUGUGACACGCAUUUAUACGCAUACGCAUCGCAUUGUUUUGUGUUUUUAUUGAUUCCCGGAGCAAAAUAAUUAUGUUACGAGCCAUGUCAUAGCAUACCAUCGCAAUAGACUUGGGCUUCACGAC